AAUAUCAGAUUUUCUGACUUUGUGGCUGUGCCAGCAAGUGACCACUGUGCAGAGCUGCCACCAGAACAAUAUUCAUGACGAAAAACGCUAACCUGCGAAGAAGUACAGAACGCGAACGUGCGCUGGGAGAGGAGCACGUGUGUUCGAAGAGUGAGACUGCAGUAGUUAUGGCAAAUGAACUACCCGAACUCAACGCGGUAUUAGGGAAGCAAGCAGGGCAAAAUGGGCUUGGAUGCGGGUGAACUAACGUGAACGUAAUCUGGGGUUGAUAGGGGGUCUUUGCGCUGCGCGCAGGAGGUUGAACAUUGGUGAUAGUUUAAUAAAGAAGAAUCCUCGGUUUAGGUCUUUACUCUAAAAUCCAUCGAAACUGUGUGCGCAAAGGAAGGAAUGUCAAGAGACAGAAUGACGGCUGUACGAGGUGCCCAUGCACAUAAUGGGAACUCUGCUGGAUCAAAGGAGAAUGGACAAAACGCACCGAGCCAUGUUCACACCGACCCCAAUACCAACGUAGUUCCACAUGCAGACAUCGGCAAUGGCACGUCUGGGUCGUCUGCGGGUGACCUAACCCAGGCAUGGAUUCAUUUUACAAAGACAUUCGUGCUCAUUUUCCCCAUAUAUGUUUUGGGAUAUUUUGAAUUCAGUUUUAGUUGGCUUCUAAUAGGGCUUGUGAUAUUCUUCUGGUGGAGAAGAAACACAGGAAGCAAGAACACCCGAAUGUACAGAGCCUUGGCCUUCUUUGAACAAGAGGAGAGAACUGUCCAACAAAGUCUGACAACUUCUGAUUUGCCAUCAUGGGUCAACUUCCCGGAUGUAGAAAGAGUAGAGUGGCUGAACAAGACUGUGAGACAGAUGUGGCCGUAUAUUUGCCAGUUCAUAGAGAAGCUGUUCCACGAGACUAUCGAACCGGCCGUGAAGGGAGCCAACUCCCACCUCAGCACCUUCUGUUUCAGCAAGAUUGACAUGGGGGACAAGCCUUUGAGGAUUAACGGGGUCAAGGUUUACACAGAGAAUGUGGACAAGCGUCAGAUCAUCAUGGACCUACAGAUCAGUUUCGUUGGAAAUACUGAAAUUGAUGUGGACGUCAAAAGAUACUACUGCAAAGCUGGUAUUAAAAGCAUACAGCUCCAUGGAGUGUUGAGAGUAGUCAUGGAGCCAUUGCUAGGUGACAUGCCCCUUGUCGGAGCUCUGUCCCUGUUCUUCCUGAAAAAACCU